CUCUUAGGGGAAGUCCUUGGUCUAUUUAUUUUUUUCUUUCUUUUAUCUUAUCCUCCCAGCUACUUAACGUCGCCAUAAUCGUGUUUCAUCCAUUUUUCCGGGGGGCUGGUGGUUAUUUUCCGCGUUCCGCUCCGGCGUAAAGCACCGGUUCCCCCCCUGACUCCGUCCCCAGAUAGAAGCGUCCUAACUUCCAGCUGAUAGUUCAAUUCUUCCACUUCUAACCGAGCCGUUUGUUCCUCCCAGCGGCCCCAACGGAACGCGUUCACCACCCUUCCUCUCCGGGUUUUGGACUUUAAAAAGGAAAUUAACGCUCCUCCUUUCUUUUGUUCGGUUCUACUCGGUACUUGGACCGUUUUCCUCUCUCCAGGACCAGGCCCCGGACCCAUCCCCGGCCUCGCGUUUCCUUAUCGGUGCUUUUCUUUUCUUUUUUUUUUUCUUUUUUUCUUGUUGGAAGUCAUGGGAGACACAAGUGAACGAAGCAAAGCUUCCUCUCUACCUCCCCGGUGUCCCUGCGGAUUUUGGGGGUCCAGUAAAACAAUGAAUCUAUGCUCCAAAUGUUUUGCUGAUGUUCAGAAGAAGCAGCCGGAGGACGAUUGCACCUCCAAGCCAAUGCAAACCAGCGGGAGUAGCCAGUCAUCCGUUUUCAUUAGCGAGACGAGCAGUAGCAGUAGCCAGUCGCUAUCGUUGUCACUGCCGUCCGGCUCAGAGCCCCCGUCGGCCGGAGAGUCCUCCACCAUGUUUUCCAGCCGGACAGAAGGCGUGACAUCCACAGACACAGCCCAAGGCACACUCUGCACGCCCACAAAACGCCCGCGUCAGGGGGCAUCAGGCCCAGAGAGCGAGGCGACGCCAGAGAAACAACCACGGACAGAAGAGGAGGAGGGGAACAGAGAGGAGGCCCGCGGGACGCCCAAACAGAAGAACCGCCGGCGCUGCUAUCGCUGCCAAACCAAACUAGAGCUGGUGCAGCAGGAGCUGGGCUCAUGUCGCUGCGGCUACGUUUUCUGCAUGCUACACCGUCUACCAGAGCAGCACGACUGCGUGUUCGACCAUCUGGGCCGCGGGCGCGAGGAGGCCGUGCUCAAGAUGGUGAAGCUGGACCGUAAGGUGGGCCGCUCAUGCCAACGCAUCGGGGAGGAGUGCUCCUGAUUGGCCACCUGGUGACCAGCCAUCCCGUUAAAGAGAUGAGGCACUUACAAAGAAGAGGAAAAGGAGGUGGAAAUAUUGGGUGACGGGAGGGAAGGGGAGGGGUGGUUAAAGCGAAGAGGAGGGGAGGGGCGGGGUUAGGUUCUAACAUCCUGCAUCUGACCCAAUAAAUCUGGAUCUAAGCUUGUUGAAGUCCUGGUUUCCUGCCUGGAGCAUCUGUUCAGACUGUUCUGUUCCAGGCCCCUCAUGGCCACUAGGGGGCCCCGUUCAGUCAAGCAUGUUCCCACACACACAGCCUUAACCCCACCCUCCCCUCCUCCAGAGGAAGGACUCAGAGACGGAUCCAGUCAGGCUUUCAUCAAGCAUUCAUCACAGGAACUGUUCUCCUGUUUUUGGCUCAUCUGGAUUCUUUUUCAGCCGUUUGAUUCUUUCUUCCGUUUGCCGUGACGUGGGCGCAGCUCCGCCCCGUGGCCACUCCUCAGGUCACCAUCAGGGGGUCUCUUCCUUAGUUCUGUUAUUUUUUUUUCCUUUCAUCAUAUUUGGAUCCAUGUGCAGCAUCAGAACCAGGAUCUCAUUCUGCUCGGUUCUAGCCGCAGCAGCACGGCGUCCAGGUCUGAUGCUGUCAUGUUUUUAAAUGUGUGGCUGUGGUGGUGAUUAGUUGAGUUUUUUUCCAACCAGUCCCUGCCUCUGCUCACAUGGACUAAAUCAUAAAUAUUAACAUUCAUGAGGAGGAAACACUAACGGACAGAAACCAAUCAGAUAAAUCCUCUGUAGCAGAUCCUCCUCGCCGCCGUCCCGGUUUGUCUCUCUGAGUGGUACUGGUUUUCCAAACACGGAGAGGAAGGACACAACCACACCUUGUUUUUUUUUUUUUUUUUUUCGUUUUCACUGAAACUUGGACAGAAAAUGUCACCUGAAGUUCGAUGGUGUUUAAUUAAGUUGAAAUCAUUCUGUGAUGGAUUUCGUUCUCUUUGGGAUUGAAAAAAGCUGUUAGAAACGUAAUGAUUAGAAUUUUAUUUUCACCUUUCUGUGGAUUUUAGCAUAAGUCACCUUGUCUGGCUCUGAGCUUUCACUUAUAAAAACAGGAAUAAAAUGUGGUUUAAACCUGUGAUGAAAACACGCUGAUGUGGAAAAUUAAAAACAAGUUUACGUUUCCUAAACUUCUCAUUCGUGAUUGGCUGAGCCGUUUCCACUUUGUGACAUCACAGAUUUAAACCGUCUCUAUUGUUUCAUUGAUCCUUUGGCUGCAGAAAUGAGGUGAACUCUUAAAUUUGUUUGUUUUUUCGCCCCCUUUUUUUUUUUGAGGUUGUGUUUUUGUCGCCGCCACGCUUUGAGCUCGCUCCGGAUUCGCCCACACAGCCUGACUGCUUGGACUCCGUGCUGUGCAUAUUGUUCAGUCUUCUAACAUGUUUUGUUCAUGACUUGCAGAAGUUUGCUCCCUCCUCAUUGUUUUCAUUUGGGCAUUGGGCACCAGUGUUUGUAAAAGUUAAAGGUUUAAAUCUGUUGAAAACAGGUUCUGAAUAAACGUAGAGAGCAGCGUUACCCGCUGUGCAGCGAGGGAAAGCCGGACUAUACAAAGUUGCUUUUUUUUUGUUUUUUUUAAACUUGAAGUCUGGAGAACUGAGACAGAAACGGGAUCUUCUGCAAAGUAAAGUCGUAAAACUUGAUGCGGGUUGAAAACCCGUGGAACACCACUGGCUAUGCUAACCCUCAUGCACACCCCGGCGUUCCUCCCUCCUUCGCCUCUCCUGCCUUUUCUGAGAACGCGUUGAAGCGUGAGAGGAUUCUGGAGAAGUUCUGGGACUGGCUCUCAUUUCCAUAUGUGUUUUUUUGUUUUUCCUUUGAGUGUUUAUGAGAAACAGAAAAAAAAGAUUAUCUUUCUGUAUCUUUUUAAAGAAGAAAAUUAUUUAACCUUAUAUCAGUUUGAGUUACUUACACCCUAGCAUAGAGUGGCAUAUUUAGUUCAAUGUAUAAAACAAGAACAUAAUUCUGUCCUUUUUUUUCUCUCUUAAUUUUAUCUUGUUCCACUUUUAUUUUUCUGCUGAGGAAAUUAAACUGGAUUAGAGGAUGGUG